AAGGAGGUCGGAGGGGAGGAGGACAUGUUGGACGAUCCUGUCGUCUGGGAAGGUGCGGACAAGAAGCAGGUCAGCCUUUGGCAACGCAGGAGGAGCAUGGCGAGAUUCUGGCGGGAGGAGGAGAAGUGGGAGAAGUUGAGGGAGAAGUUCAGGGACAAGCCGAAGCUCCAACGAAGCAAGAUGACGACGAUGUUGCGGAACAAGACACAACGAACAUGACAACGCAGGUGGAGGAUAUCAAAGCAGCGGAGGGCGACGAGGAGGCGGUGACGGAGAGUCCGGUACUUGGACGACGACCGUCACAGGACGAGCUAGCGGGCAUGAUCACAAGCACGGUGUGGGCAGGCAAAGAAGGGGGAGAAAGUCGGCCGGCGGUGGAGCAGCCAGUGAGGGAGAGCAUCGAGACGAUGGAGAUGGACGAGGCAGUCGACCGCGGGUUCGAGGCGGAGCAACGCAGGGACAUGUCGGAGGAUACGCCCGUGGAAGAGACCUUUACGCCAAGCUUCGAGGUCGUUCCCGAUUUCACGCGAUCGGUGUCUCGAGGGCUGCCGCCGGUGCGGGAAGAGAGUCCGGAGGAGGUGGAAGACAAGAUGCAAAUGCAAGCGCAAAUGCAACAGGAACCGGAGCCACAGGCACAGGCACAGCCACGCAGCCUCCAGACGUUGGCACCAUUGACGCCCGAGGCAAACCGAGACAGCGGGUUCGUUGAUGAAACGCCGCACCCAUUCACAAGGAACCCGAUGGAGGAUGGCGACUUGUACGACAAUAACAACGACCGGGACAGCAAUCUGCGUGAAGCCAGAGCGACGACUCCGCAACGCAGUGUGUUCGGACGCGACGAAUCCGACAUGGGAAGCGGCACGAGCACGAGCAGGAAGCUACGGCGAUCACCACUAUCACGACACGACCUCCGCGACCAUCCCUUGUCCCGGACGCCAGCGCUGCGCGAGCCGAGUCCACGAGAGGCGACUCCAGAACCACAAAAGGUGUCGCGCCGGACGCCCGACCUAGAGAGACGGUGGAAGUACGGAGACUUGGGUGCCAGCACAAGCAGAAGAGCAAGCCCGGGCGCGGCGGGAGCUGCAGCGAUCAUAGCGGCGGCGUCGGCAUCGGCGUCGGCGGCGAACCCUGGACGCAGGAGCGUGUCGGACCAAGUAGCACGUCUCCAGUCACCGAGAUUCGACGGCAACAAGACGCCCACGCCGUCAUCCCCCUCCCCUGCACCUGCACCUGUGCACACGCUGAGGCGGCGCUCAGCCUCCAACACCAGCCUCGCACGCCACAGGACGCCCGAGCCACUCCGAUUAGGGGCUUCGGUGACGGGUCGGGCCGACAGUCCUGCUGCCUCAGGCACAAGCCCAAGCAUCUUCAGACAGUCAUCAGCCACACCUCCACUGAGGCGCGUGGAUAAGCGGGUCAGCGGGGAUCUGAGACGGUUGAGCCAACGCAGCCACGGUCAGGACGGCGGUCAGGUUGCAACGUCUCCAGCCCCAUCCACGCUUUCGCUUUCGCUUUCGCUCUCGCAAGACCAAGACCAAGACAACCAACAAGACAAACAACACGACAAGAAAGACAAAGACAGAGUCGCAGAAGGUUACACCACCGCCAGGAACACUCCUGUCGCAAAUGAAGGCCGUGUUCGCGCCAAGGGCAUGGCCGAUGUCUAUGAUGGCUAUGGCGAGGGCCGUAUAGGCUCGCCGCGGUCCCCUACCCGCCCCCACAGCAUGCGCCGUCGCCAGAGCAUGCAGGUCCUCGAACUCGAAGCGCGCCUUGAACAGUUGGUGGCCGAGAACCGUGCCCUCGCAGAAGCAAAUGCAAAUUCCCAGUCCGACGUCGCCUUCCAUCAGCGCGCCGCCGCCAUCCUCGCCGACCGCGAUGCCGAGAUUGACCGGCUCAAACGAUCGCUCGACUUCCUCCAGAAAGAAGUCAACCGCCUCACCGAGGUGAACGAUGGCCUCAACAGCGCGAACGCCCAGCUCGCCACCCAACACAACGACCGCGAACGCGACGAGGCCCUGGCCCGGAAGGACGCCGAGAUGGACCAGCUGCGCUCCGAGCUCGACGCGGCCAAGGACCAGAUCCGACAAAUGCAACAGCGCAUCCUCGCGUCCAAGCCGUCCGACAACGCCGACUUCCUCUCCAUCCACGACGUCGACUACUUCGACCACCGGUGCCAGCAGCUCUGCUCGCACGUCCAGCAGUGGGUCCUGCGCUUCUCCAAGUUCUCCGACAUGCGCGCCUGCCGCCUCACCUCGGAGCUCAACGACGAAAAAGUCAUCGACCGCCUGGACAACGCCGUGCUCGACGGCUCCGACGUCGACGUCUACCUCGCCGACCGCGUGCGCCGCCGCGACAUCUUCAUGUCCAUGACCAUGAACAUGAUCUGGGAGUUCGUCUUCACGCGCUACCUCUUCGGCAUGGACCGCGAGCAGCGCCAGAAGCUCAAGUCCCUCGAGAAGCUCCUGACCGAGGUCGGCCCCGCCAAGGCCGUCCGCCAGUGGCGCGCCGUCACCCUGACGCUGCUCUCCCGGCGCGCCGCCUUCCGGGAGCAGCGCGAGCUCGACACCGAGGCCGUCGUGCAGGCCGUGUUCCAGACGCUGUCCAAGGUGCUCCCGCCGCCGUCCAACCUCGAGCUGCAGAUCCAGUCGCAGCUCCGCCGCGUCAUGCGCGAGGCCGUCGACCUCGCCAUCGAGAUGCGCACCCAGCGCGCCGAGUACGUCAUGUUGCCGCCCCUCCAGCCCACCUACGACGAGGAGGGCGAGCUGGCCGAGACGGUCACCUUUAAUGCGGCGCUCAUGAACGAGCGCAGCGGCGGCGGCGACGCUUCUUCUUCUUCCUCUUCCCCGGGUUCCAACGAGGAGCUCGAGGCCCGGGCCGCUGUUGUCCGCGUAGUGCUCUUCCCCCUCGUCGUGAAGAAGGGGGACGAUUCCGGCGAGGGGGACGAUGAGAUUGUUGUUUCCCCGGCCCAGGUCCUCGUUGCCCGCUCCUCCCGCGACGAUAGGAAGCGCGGCAGCAGGUCAAGCAAUACCAAUAUGGUCCCGGGGGGGUCUACCUCGUCCAACUUGGGCACUGGUCGCUUGCUCACGCCUUCGAGUGACGCUGGUGGUGCUUCGCUUCGUGCUCUCACGGCUACCAACAAGAGCGAUGUCAGCAUGCGGACUGAGGGUACAUACCAGGGCGCGCUGUGAGGGCAGAAAAGAAACAAAACUUGAGGAUGUGGACUGGGGUAAUGAGAAGGGGAUUUUUUUUUUCUUUUUUUUUUCUUUUCUUUUCUUUUCUUUUCUCUUUUUUUCUUUUUUUUCCGAGGAUGAGAUGGUAUUCGGAUAUGGCUUUUCUUGGGGCAUGAUAUGAUAUAUCCUUUCUUUUGUUUUCUUUUGCUUCUACUUCCCGUGGUCAUUUACUCGCAUGUCUUUGAUGCUUCUGUUUUCACGUUGCUGUGCGAUUUCUUCGGGAGUUUCGUUUGGAUUUGAUUUUUGUAUUAAUUUUUGAGGUGUUCGUCGGGUUCAACUAUUCGAGGGGAAA